GAGAAAUAUAGAGCUUUGUGCAGUUUCACAGAAAAGACGGACUGUGCAAGUUUCUGAGGCCGCAGUGACAGAGAGAGGAAGCGUGAUAAUCAGUCUGGGAAAUGACUGUGUAAAUUAUUUGUUGUUGCUCAGAGGCCGUGCUGUUCCUAAACAGACAUGAAUGGUGAUGGCAGCAAACAGCGUUAUGUGUCAACCUUCAAGAUGCACAUCAAGCCACCUUGUGCAAUGUCUACAUCAGGGAAUGGACCUGGAACUACUGACACCAGGACCUCCAGCAAAGGUGCUGAUCCAGGGCCUCUUACCCUUUCCUCCCAUAAACAUCUGGAUCCGCCUGUCUUCAUAGAGCCCCUGGAGGACUGCUGUGUGGACGAAGGAGGGGACAUCACAUUAUGUGGGGUUCUCACUGGGAGUCAGCCAAUCAAAGUGUCAUGGUUGCACAAUGGUGAAGUGGCUCGUUUUGGGAAGCCUUCCUUCAAUGGCAGGGAGGUGAGAUUUGUGGUGAAAGACUGUUUACCAGAAGAUGCUGGCGCCUUCACCUGCUUGGCAGAAAGCAGCGCAGGAAAGACAUCUUGCAGCGCUGCUGUGUUUGUCAGAGACUUCGAAACUAUCUGUGGUGCGCAGAAUCGUGUUUCAAAGAUCGCCACUUCUGCAUCUGAGAGCAUAAUGGAAAAUGGAAGGUCAUCAGAGACUCACAAAGAUGAGUUGCAGAAACUCAGAGGAUCUAUUUGUGCAUCUCCUACAGGCUCUGAUAACCAGAGCCCAGUCUCAUCGCCAAGAGAAGUCAUCCCAAAGAAGAGAGCCAACUCAGGGACAGGCCCAGUGUUACAUUUUGAAAACCCACCGCAGCACCACGAGGUGAAAGUGGGACAAACCGCCAGGCUGACGUGUUUUUUUGCCGGCAGCCCCCCUGUAGUGUCCUGCUGGAUCAGAAACAAAGAACAGAUAGUGGAUUGUCCAGAUCUGUGGACAGAAAAUACUGAUCGGAGCAGUACGCUGAUUAUAGCAGAGGCUAAACCACAGGACACAGGUCGCUACACUGUUGUUGUGAAGGACCGUAAGAGCUCAGCACAACACACUCUUACCCUUUCCGUCAUAGAGAAGCCAGAACCUCCUGCCUCCAGUCCUGUGAUUUCCCUCGUCUCUGCAUCCAGCCUCGUGCUGUCCUGGUCGGGCCCCUGCUACGACGGCGGCAGUGCCAUCCUGGGUUAUGUGGUUGAGUUAAAAAAUCAAGAACACGGUGAGCCUGGGGACUGGAGCGAGCUCACUGCCCAGUGUAAGAGUACCUCAUACAAAGUGUCUUCUGGGCUGCAGCCUCAACAGAAAUACUGUUUCAGAGUGAGGGCCUAUAACGCAGUGGGAGUAAGCGAGCCAGGUCCAGUGUCACCAGUGGUGAGGAUGGAGCAGAAAGAUUCAGACAAAAAGCAAGGAGAGGAGCCCCCUCAAGUGUAUACCAGUGUCACCAUUGAGUCCUCCCACAAAGUCAGCGAUCACUACAAUGUACUGGAAAGACUGGGAAUGGGGAAAUUUGGCUUGGUCUACAAGCUAACACACAAAGAGACAGGACGCGUGUGCGCUGGAAAGUUCUACAAAGGACGUCGUGCCAAGGAGAGGGAGGCUGCACGGAAAGAGAUUGAGCUGAUGAACUACCUCCAUCACCCCAAACUGGUCCAGUGUCUGGCAGCAUACGAUCACAAGCCUGAGAUGGUCAUGGUCAUGGAGUUUAUCGCAGGUGGAGAACUGUUUGAACGUAUUGUGGAUGACAACUUUGAGCACACAGAGCCUGCCAGCGUGCGCUACAUGCAGCAGAUUGUGGAGGGGAUUGCAUACAUGCAUCAACAGAAAAUCGUCCAUCUGGACCUCAAACCUGAAAACAUUGUGUGUGUUGACACCACUGGCACCUCUGUUAAGAUCAUUGACUUCGGAUUAGCCAGUAGGAUUGAUGGCAGCACACCUCUGAAAGUGCUUCAUGGGACUCCAGAAUUUGUGGCACCUGAAGUGAUCAACUAUGAGCCCGUGUGUUUGGAAACUGAUAUGUGGAGCAUUGGGGUUAUCUGCUACAUCUUGCUGAGUGGUGAGUCUCCAUUCCAGGGAAACAGUGAUGCAGAAACCCUGGCCUUGGUUACAGCGGCUCAGUGGGAGUUUGAAGAGGAGAGCUUUGAGGAGAUAACAGAAGAGGCCAAAAAUUUCAUCAGCUCCCUGCUCAGCAAAGACACCAGACGGAGGAUGUCCUGUAAUGAGGCUCUCAAACACCCCUGGAUGGCAGCAUUUGACUCUGGAGACCUCACCACCACCAAGAGUCUGUCCAAAGAGAAGAUGAAGAGGUUUCUAGCCAGGCAGAAGUGGAAGAAAGCCGGCAAGGCCAUGUUAGCCCUAAAGAGAAUGGCUCUGCUGUCUAAAGGUGAUAGCAGUGGAUCUCUCACAAGUCCCAGAGAAGACUCACCCCUGAGCCCAGAGGCAGAGCAUGCCUUGCAGUCUCUGGAGCGUAAGAUGCAAGGACCACCCCUGUUCACCCAGAGCUUGGAGGACCAGACUGUAGUUCAGGGAUCCAAUGCCCAACUCUCAUGUCACCUCACAGGAUACCCUGACCCAGAGGUGGUGUGGCUGUGUGGUGAAGAACCCGUGGUGGAGUCACCCACAGUGCAGAUAGAGUAUGAAGACGAUGGCCGCUGUACCCUGGUUCUAUCCAAAGUUAGCCAGGAGGACACCAAUGUUUACACCUGUAGAGCCACCAAUGACCAUGGGGAGACAUUCUGCUCAGCCAAACUAACUGUUCAAGAAUAAUUUCAUUGUGACUAUGUAUGCAGACAUAGAAUGUAUAAAUAUAAUGUUCUUCGGUGUCCUGAAAAGCUGUAUUGUACAUUCCUGUUUUAAUAUGAGGACUACAAAUUGGGACCAAACUGUGCAACCUGAGGUGUGGCUGGAAGUAUAUAACGUGUAUUAUUGCACAAAAUUCUGAUGAAUAUUGUUACAGAGCUACAGGAAUGUUAUCUUUAAACAGUCAGCAUUAAACUACUCUAAAGCAGCGAACACUAGCACAAAAAAUAAACAGACGGAAAUAGUCCCCAACAGACUGUUUUGGUAUACACUACUAUACUACUGUUCACAGCUUACAGCAACACAUUUAGCCUUAUCUUUAGCAGCAGUGCGCGGUUUCUGAUCUCGCUUAAAGAGUGCAAUCCGUGGCAUCAGGCCCGUUCUAGACAUAACAGUGGCCUCCAUAUGUUGAUAUGAGUUACAGACCUCAUUUAAAACCACACUUGCACAUUACAAAAAACAUGUUUCUGUGUUCAGUCAGGUUUUGCACCAUGAACAUGUGUUAUGCUGUUUAGGAUAAUUUUUUUCUCAUUGUAUCAGUUCACACAAUCCCAGUGUUGAGGUCACAAAUCAACCCUUCAAAACACAUUAGCUGGAUCAUUUGGGUUGAUGGAGUUAUCAGAUGUCCACUUUCUUUUAAAUGUUCAUAUUUUUUUCCCUGUCACUGCAGGGCCACAUUUUUUUGAAUAGUGUGCUUCUGCCAGGUUUGCCUUUAUUACGGCCACUGGUUUGCCUUCAUGUGGAUGAAAUACGGGGUAGCAAUUAACUUGUGAAUUUGUGUGAAUAUGUGCAGUCACAGAGGGAGACAUAGGGGAAAUAUUUCCAUGACAAAAGAAUGUUGGCAAAAUCUGUUGCUUUACUGUCGGCCUGCUGAAUUUCAGACUGUAAACAAUGCAAUGGGGGCGUGAAACUGCAGACCAUCCACCUGUAGAGGGAGGGGAAAAGAACAUCUUGCAAUUAUGUAUAUUUUUCUUAAGUUUUUUUUUAAAUAUAUUCACAUUGAAUUUGUUAUGACAAGAGGCACCUCAAAUCAACAGAAACCUGUUGAUGUUAGUCUGUUGAUUCUUAUAUUUUUGCCUCGGCCAGAAAAUCAGGUCUGCACAGGAGCCACUCAUUUCAACAACAUAGCACAGAGAUAGACAUUGGAGGGUUACUUUUUGGAUACAGCACAGACGAGUGUGAACUAAGAAUCCAAAAAUCAGUUGCUAUCCUUUGCAAAGUAUUUGUUGUGACAUCUUUUAAAGAAAAACAUGCAAAGGGAGAGGGCAAGUAUGCUCAUGCUCCAGGUACAGCUUAAACCCUUCCCUGAUUAAUAAAGGAAGGUCUUGCGCACAGCUGAGCGGCAAUUCUUCUUUGACAAAAAAACUGUUGUUUAUAUGCCCCAUUUAAGCAUUUGUUCAAUUUCAAACUGAUAAAAUAAAAAAAAAACAAUGUUACAUUA